CCCACAGUAAAUCCUUCUAUGAUUGGCCGCUUCCCAAGCCACGCCCCCUCAUUGCCUAACGCGGCUCCUUAAGCCACGCCCCCAGCCGGGCUCAGUCACGUGACGGCGGCGUCACGUGAGCAGCGCCCAAGAUGGCGGACGAGGAGCCGCUGCUGCCGGCGGCCGAUGACUCCGCCCCUCCCCCGCCGCCCCCGACCCCCUCCUGGCGAAUCGGAGCCGCUUUUUGGAUCCUGGGCCUGUGCAAUAACCUCCCGUACGUGGUGAUGCUGAGCGCCGCCCGCGACCUGCUGGAGCCACGCCCCGGGGAGGAGCCGCGGAACCGGAGCCGGCACGACUGCGACCCCGUGGGGACCGGGGCCGUGCUCUUGGCCGACGUCGUCCCCGCCCUGGGGGUGAAGCUGCUGCUGACUGCUGCUGCCCCUGCUGGGGCCUCACCUGCCCGACAGGUGUCGCGUGGUGGGCGUGGCCCUGAGCCUGUGGGGCAGCGUCAGCGCCGUGGCCGCGGCCAGAGGGACCCUGAGCAGCCUGGGGGCUCCGGCCUCUCCUAUUGGUCGUCGGGGACGGGCGCGGCCGGGCUGGGCGGGGCUCUGGGGUUUUGGGGGCUGCGGGCGCUGCUGCCCCUCCCCCACGCGCUGCUGCCCGCCCUGGCCCUGCCCCCGGCCAUGCUGCUCAGUUUUUUCUUCCUCCUGGGCCCUGCCCCUCCCCCCAGGCCGGAGCCGCCCCUCCCCCCACCCGAUGAGGGGGGCGGGUCCAGGGUGGGGUCCUGGGGCGUGGCCAAGGCCGCCCUCCGCCUCGGGGCGCCGCUGGGCCUCGUUUACUUCGCUGAGUACUUCGUUAAUCAGGGGCUGGCUGCAGCUCCUGUACCAGGCCGGCGUCUUCCUCUCGCGCUCGUCCCUGCGCUGCCUCCGCCUGCGCCGCCUCUGGCCGCUGGCCCUGGCCCAGGUGCUGCUGGCCGCGUUCCUAUUGGCUGCCGUAGCUGUCAAUCACCUCCUGCCCUCGCUGGGCGUGGCCGCAGCGCUGGCGGUGGGGGAGGGGCUGGUGGGGGAGGGGCCUACGGGAACGCCUUCCUCAACCUGAGUGACCAGGUGUCCCCUCCCCAGCAGCCGCUGGCCGUGGCCGUGGUCACUCUGAUGUCCGAAGUCGCCAUCGCCGUGGCCGGAGGGGUCGCCCUGGGGGCUCACGCUGCCUUCUGCGGCCAGGAGUGACCACUGAGUGACCUCUGAC